UCACAACUCGCAACAGCCUUCAAAACGUAAGGAGUUUUCCAAUACAAACCAUGGCAUCGAAACCUCGAUUAAGACAUCUUCGCGAUGCUUGUAAUUGCAUCCGUCGUCCGCGAACCGCAACGACGAUACCCAUCCGAAGCUUUGCGACGGAAGCACCCGUUGCAGCCCAAACCAACAUAGAAUCCACCGAUGGUGUUUCCAAAUCACAACCAAGGCCGACGCGACAGUCCAAUCCCCUUAAAGACGACGCUCCUAUCCUCGCUCCGCCUCCCACCUCCCUGCGUAACGCCUUUCCCGUCCCCGAACAUCUCCGCCCACCGAAUGUCCUCACCACACUCUACGCCUUUCCAACCCUCGAGCCGAUAAAGUUCCUGUCAUAUCCUAGCUCUCACCUCCAUUUGCCCCUCCGAAAAGAUCUUCUGCACCGCGCCGUGGUAUUCGAAGCCGACGCCGACCGUCAAGGGACGGCCUCGACCAAAUGGCGGUCCGAAGUCCACGGAUCGGGUCGGAAAAUCCGUCCACAGAAGGGAACUGGCUCAGCACGAUUGGGUGAUAAGAAAUCCCCCAUGCUCAGGGGUGGUGGAGUGGCGUUCGGCCCGAAGCCGAGAGAUUUCAGCACCGAUCUGCCGAGGAAAAUCUACGAUCUUGCCAUGCGGACGGCACUCAGCUAUCGAUUUAGACGGGGCCAAUUAGUGGUGGUGCAAGACCACUUGGACAUCCCCGUGGAAUUUGCUUUCGGUGAAGACGGUUCAAAGGAAGCUCAGCUGUUCCGAGAGUUAGACGACAGGAGGAUAGGUCAUAUCACCGAUGUGACCAGGGAGAUUCUCCAAGAAUUGGGCUGGGGUAGAAAUGACGGAGGGUCCACGUUUGUUACAAGAGGUGAAAGAAAGAAUUUGGCGCUCGGAAUUAAGGAGCUGAAAACCGCUGGACAGCUAAUCACGGCCGAGGAUGUCGAAAUCCGGGACCUUUUGAAGAUGAAGAGGGUGGUGAUGGAGCAGAGCGCUCUGAACUAUCUUCUCCGAAAUCACCAAUCGGACAUCAACCCAUACGGUGGGUUCUUGUUUGAGCCAAAGGGGGAGAGUGUAGAAGGGGAAACCGCAUGAGACAGAUUUGGCUAUCACUUACGCGACAUUCACUGCGACAUUCAUUCUACUGCAUAUCUGGGUGUUCGUGGGAUUGCUGCAGAAUAGUACCCUUAUAUAUUGCUUUGAUGGCGUUUGUACCAUAUACCAGCCCCGUGUUAACAUCUAUGGGCCGACAUUGUAUAAAAGGAGAAAUCUCAUAAAGCGAGUUCAGUCAACUUGAAGUCGCAGGACUUUGAUGGCAUUGCCACCCAAUAC